AUGAAGAAUUUAACACUGUACCGAGAUCAUAAACCAGAUUCACAAAUAUCAACACCCUGUCUGCUGGGGACGAGGUGGCUGUGCACUGUACACGGUGCAACAAUAAUAUCAUCUGGGACUGAUGGCCAAAAAGUGACCUGGAGGAAAUCUGACAGAUACCAGUUACUGGGGAACAUAAGUCAGGGGGACGUGUCCCUAACCAUCACCGGAGCCACUAAUGAAGACGAAGGAACUUACUGCUGUCGUGUCCAUAUCCCUGGAAUUUUCAAUGACAUGAAAGAAGAGGUGAACGUGAAGAUACAAGAAGCAGGAAAAACAACUACUGAAACAGCAAAUUCUAAGCAGACCGAGUACUUCACAUCUAGUGUUUCUGACAAUCUGGUGACUCUUACAACCCAAAUGAUCUUCUUGAAUACACAGGAGACCAUAACCCCAGAACAAUCCAAGUCCCCAGAUGCCACCACUGAUGUGAUUGCUGGUGUUUUUGGAGCACUUUUCCUUGUCACUUUGAUGGGAGCCUCCAUAUACAUGUGUAAAACUCGUAGUGGGAAGCAGACAAAAACAGAGAGCACAAUGUCCGUGAUAAACAUGGAGGCUCUGGCAGAAACAGGCAAUGAUGCCAUGGAGAAUAUCUAUACAUGAUUAAACCACGUGUAUGCUGGGAAACGAUAAACCUGCAUUCAUGAAUCUAUCGGA